AUGGCUGCCGAGAAGAAUGUUGGUCUAGUGCUGCUGAACUCCUCGCUGAGCCCCUUUGGGCAGCGGUGCUCCAUCGCCCUAGCUGAAAAAGGCCUCCUGCACGAGUACGUGGAGGAGGACCUGGCCGCCAAGAGUGACCUCCUACUCCGCUCCAACCCGGUCUACAAGCAGGUCCCCGUUCUCCUACACGAUGGUCGUACCAUUAUCGAGUCCCUGAUCAUCCUCCAGUACCUCGACGAGGCAUUUCCUGACACUCGCCCCCUCCUCCCCACUGACCCCUACGAGCGCGCGCAAGCUCGCUUCUGGGCUGACUACGUUGAUAAGAAGGUCUACGGCUGUGGCUCCCGGCUCUAUAUGGUCAAGGGGGAACCACAGGUGCCGGCGAACGUAGAGAUGGCAGAGAUAUUGAAGACACUUGAAGGGGAGCUCGGAGAAAAGGAGUUCUUUGGUGGGGAGCAUGGCUUCGGGUUCCUGGACAUCGCACUUGCGCCAUUCUCCACUUGGUUUGAGAGCUUCGACAAGUUUUGGGGGGUCGGCGUGGCGGAGGUGGCACCAAAGUUGGCGGCAUGGGCGGCGCGGUGCAUGGAGAGGGAGAGCGUCUCCAAGAACGUUAUCUCGCCAGAGAAGGUGUCUGACUUCAUCGGUGAGAUGAGGAAGGACUUAGGCAUCGAGUGA